GGUCCUGAUGAAGAAGCUGUUGUGGAUCUUGGCAAAACCAGCUCAACUGUGAACACCAAGUUUGAAAAAGAAGAAUUAGAAAGUCACCGAGCAGUAUAUAUUGGUGUUCAUGUACCAUUUGGUAAGGAGAGUCGUCGACGUCAUAGGCAUCGUGGACACAAACAUCACCACCGGAGAAGAAAAGAUAAAGAAUCAGAUAAAGAAGAUGGACGGGAAUCUCCUUCUUAUGACACACCAUCCCAGAGAGUCCAGUUUAUCCUUGGUACGGAAGAUGAUGAUGAGGAGCAUAUUCCCCAUGACCUCUUCACAGAAAUGGAUGAGCUGUGUUACAGAGAUGGAGAAGACUAUGAGUGGAAAGAAACUGCGAGAUGGCUGAAAUUUGAAGAGGAUGUUGAAGAUGGUGGUGACCGAUGGAGUAAACCCUAUGUGGCAACUCUGUCUUUGCACAGUCUUUUUGAGCUAAGAAGCUGCAUCCUAAACGGAACCGUCAUGCUCGAUAUGAGAGCGAGCACCCUAGAUGAAAUAGCAGAUAUGGUAUUAGACAACAUGAUAGCCUCUGGUCAGUUAGAUGAGUCCAUAAGAGAGAAUGUGCGAGAAGCUCUCCUGAAGAGACAUCAUCAUCAGAAUGAGAAAAGAUUCACCAGUCGGAUUCCGCUUGUUCGGUCUUUUGCAGAUAUAGGCAAGAAACAUUCUGACCCUCACUUGCUUGAAAGGAAUGGUAUUUUAGCAUCUCCACAGUCUGCUCCUGGAAACUUGGACAAUAGUAAAAGUGGAGAAAUUAAAGGUAAUGGAAGUGGAGGAAGCAGAGAAAAUAGUACUGUUGAUUUCAGCAAGGUUGACAUGAAUUUCAUGAGGAAAAUUCCCACGGGAGCCGAGGCAUCCAAUGUUCUGGUAGGAGAAGUGGACUUUUUGGAAAGACCUAUAAUUGCAUUUGUGAGACUGGCUCCUGCUGUCCUCCUCUCAGGGCUGACUGAGGUCCCUGUUCCUACAAGGUUUUUGUUUCUGUUGUUGGGUCCAGCAGGCAAGGCACCGCAGUAUCAUGAAAUUGGCAGAUCCAUAGCCACCCUUAUGACAGAUGAGAUUUUUCAUGAUGUAGCUUACAAAGCAAAAGACAGAAACGACCUUUUAUCUGGAAUUGAUGAAUUUUUAGAUCAAGUAACUGUCCUACCUCCGGGUGAGUGGGAUCCUUCUAUCCGCAUAGAGCCACCAAAAAGUGUCCCUUCUCAGGAAAAGAGAAAGAUUCCUGUGUUUCCCAAUGGAUCUGCCACUUCGUCCGGUGAGAUUCCUAAGGAGGCUGCUCACCAUGCUGGGCCUGAGCUGCAGAGGACGGGACGGCUUUUUGGUGGUUUGAUACUUGACAUCAAAAGGAAAGCACCUUUUUUCUUGAGUGACUUCAAGGAUGCAUUAAGCCUGCAGUGCCUGGCCUCGAUUCUUUUCCUAUACUGUGCCUGUAUGUCUCCUGUUAUCACUUUUGGAGGGCUGCUUGGAGAAGCUACAGAAGGCAGAAUAAGUGCAAUAGAGUCUCUCUUUGGAGCAUCGUUAACUGGGAUUGCCUAUUCAUUGUUUGCUGGGCAACCUCUAACAAUACUGGGGAGCACAGGUCCAGUUUUAGUGUUUGAAAAAAUUUUAUUUAAAUUCUGCAGAGAUUAUGGCCUUUCCUAUCUGUCUUUAAGAACCAGCAUUGGUCUGUGGACUGCUUUUUUGUGCAUUGUUUUGGUUGCAACAGAUGCAAGCAGCCUUGUGUGUUACAUCACUCGAUUUACAGAGGAGGCUUUUGCAGCUCUCAUUUGCAUCAUAUUCAUCUAUGAAGCUUUGGAGAAGCUUUUUCACUUAGGAGAAGUGUACGCGUUUAAUAUGCACAAUGAUUUAGAUAAACUGACCAGCUACUCAUGUGUAUGUAUCGCACCUCCUGAUCCUAGCAAUGAAACCCUAGCACUGUGGAAGAACAAGAAUUUAACCUCACAUGGUAUUUCUUGGAGAAAUCUCUCUGUUUCUGAAUGUAAAAGCUUUCAUGGUGUAUUUGUAGGAUCAGCUUGUGGUCACCAUGGACCUUAUAUCCCAGAUGUGCUCUUUUGGUGUGUCAUCUUAUUUUUCACAACCUUUUUUCUGUCUUCAUUCCUCAAGCAGUUCAAGACCAAGCGUUACUUUCCUACCAAGGUGCGAUCGACAAUCAGUGACUUUGCUGUGUUUCUCACAAUAGUAAUAAUGGUUGCAAUUGACUACCUUGUAGGAGUUCCGUCUCCUAAACUUCAUGUUCCUGAAAAAUUUGAGCCUACUGAUCCAAAUAGGGGCUGGAUCAUAAGCCCAUUGGGAGAUAAUCCUUGGUGGACCUUACUGAUAGCUGCUAUUCCAGCUCUGCUUUGUACCAUUCUCAUCUUCAUGGAUCAGCAGAUUACAGCUGUAAUCAUAAACAGAAAGGAACACAAAUUGAAGAAAGGGGCUGGCUAUCACCUUGACUUGCUGAUGGUUGGUGUCAUGUUGGGAGUUUGCUCUGUCAUGGGACUUCCAUGGUUUGUGGCUGCAACGGUGUUGUCAAUAAGUCAUGUCAACAGCUUAAAAGUUGAAUCUGAGUGCUCUGCUCCAGGGGAACAACCCAAGUUUUUGGGAAUUCGUGAACAGCGGGUUACAGGACUAAUGAUUUUUAUUCUAAUGGGCCUCUCUGUGUUCAUGACAUCAGUACUAAAGUUUAUUCCGAUGCCUGUUCUGUAUGGUGUUUUCCUUUAUAUGGGAGUUUCCUCAUUAAAAGGAAUCCAGUUUUUUGACCGUAUAAAAUUAUUUGGAAUGCCUGCUAAGCAUCAGCCUGAUCUUAUCUACCUCCGCUAUGUACCUCUCUGGAAGGUCCACAUUUUCACAGUCAUUCAGCUUACCUGUCUUGUUCUAUUGUGGGUGAUAAAAGCUUCAGCUGCUGCAGUAGUUUUUCCCAUGAUGGUUCUUGCAUUGGUUUUUGUGCGCAAGCUGAUGGACCUGUGUUUCACAAAGAGAGAACUCAGUUGGCUUGAUGAUCUUAUGCCAGAAAGUAAGAAAAAGAAAGAAGAUGACAAAAAGAAAAAAGAGAAAGAGGAAGCUGAACGAAUGCUUCAAGAGGAUGACGACACUGUCCACCUCCCGUUUGAAGGGGGAAGCCUCUUGCAGAUCCCAGUUAAGGCCCUCAAAUAUAGUGUUGAUCCCUCAGUGGUUAACAUAUCAGAUGAAAUGGCCAAAACUGCACAGUGGAAGGCACUUUCCAUGAAUACUGAGAAUGCCAAAGUAACCAGAUCUAACAUGAGCCCUGAAAAACCUGUCAGUGUGACAGUAAAUUUUGAAGAUGAACCAUCAAAGAAAUACAUGGAUGCUGAAACUUCCUUAUAGAAUUGAACCAAGCAGAAUUAUAUAUAGAUAUAGAUGUAUAUCUAUAAUGUAUGUGUGUGUGUCGUAUCACUCUAACAAUAUUGUACGUCAUGCUAUGUGUGCAUGACUGCUAGGUGUUUUGAAAUAAUACCUGACGUUUGUUACAAGCACCAUGGAGACUGUGUAUAUUAAUGAAAUAGUCUCUUAGAAAUGAGGUACAUGGUUGUUAUUAUUAAAAUAUUUAUUCUGUUGGAAAAAAGCUUUUCUGUUAUGCAGUAGAAAGAUGUAGAGAAAUGCACUGCAGGCUUUCUUAAAUGUCUCUGUUCGUCAGUGGCAGUUCAUACCAACCUGAAGUGGUACCUACUUAAGUUUAUAGUUAUCAUUUUACUUGAGUGUCUAAAAACAUUCACCUAUUGCUUCACCUUUGUUAGCUUAGUACUUUACAGAAAGAACUGUGCUGUGAGAUCAGUGACGUGCUGGCUUCUGUGUGUGUCUUAUUUCUGUGCUGUCCCCCCUGCUGCACAGGUGACAGCAUUUCUUGGCCAUAGAGGUGAUUGGACAGCAGCGGGAACUUUCAGUCUAGGAACUAUAGUUUUUAACCUUUAGUUUUAGGAUUUUUUUUAUACCUUGAAACUUGCAUAUCUAGGUUUCUAUUCUAAAAGCCAAGUAAAUUAUAGGUAUUUAUAACUUAGCACCCAUCCAAUUUUAGCUUUAUGAAUUUUAGCAGCUAUACAAUGCCGUUUGCAAUGAAUUUUGUUACCUUUGUAGAAAUUAUUUUCUCAAAUUAUUUUCUCAAUUCACACUUUUUUAGAAUUCAUAAAUCCUCUAUUCUUUGCUGUUGCUCUCUUAAAGUGAAGUAGUUUGUAUCAGGUUCAAAUCUUUAUUAAAUUGCCAUUAUAAAUAACAUCGUCAAGUAAUCAGGAGUCCGAAUCCUCUGAAAUGGGCUUAUGAUCAGUAUUACUUUAUUAAGAAUUACCUUUCAUUUUCUUACUAUUAUUUUUCUUGUAUAGAUUAUAUUUAAUAGGUUUUGCCCCACAAUUUCACUUUAAGAUAUUUUACUUAAAUUGAUAUACUUAUUAUAUAAACAUUUGAAAAGGUAACCAGUAUAAACUGUUAAUGUAAAUAAUUGGUGCUCACUUGCAUUUAUGUUUAUUAUCUUAAAGAAAUUGACAGAUUUUUCAUCUUUAAAGCACUGCCAUAUUUGUCUUUUAAAGAAAAUUAGACAUAUGUAUAGCUCAGAUUGAUGGCAUUCUUCCUAUUUUGUGUUAGUAUUUUUUAAUUUGGUUUUUCUGAUUUGCCCUUCUAACUUCUAGGAAAUCAUUUUAGUCAUCUUUUAUAUACUCUUAGCUCCAUGUAGAAAAAUAAUUGUUAGUGUUAAGCUUGUAGGACUGGGUGAAUGGGGUUGUGAAACUGAUUUGUCAGGAGACUAAUGUACAAAAAACAAGUGUAAUACUGGAGAUGGUGACAUGAAUAUUAGGGGAAACAUCUUAGUGAAAUUCCAGUGUUCCCUUAAGUCAUUUAUAAUUAAAGUGUGAAAAUACAAAGAAUUGAUCUUAAAGAAGAUCACAAGACAUGCCAAAAGCUGGUAUUUUAGAAACUCUAAAAUGUUUUCAAUCCAUUCUAAACUACAUUAUAGCUGAUAAAAUUUCUUCUUCUGCAGAUUCUAGUAAAUUAAUGAAUUCAACUUUUGCGUCAGCUGCAAUGUUGGAAUGUAGCUCUUUUCUUGAGACUGUAGUUGGCAUUAUUUGGUACUACCUGAAAAAGAGUUUCAGACUCUAUUGGCUAUUGAUGGAGAGUAUUACCCAUGGUGCUUAUUAUUACGUGCUUCCAUUUAGGUGAUUACUUUGUGUUCAUAGCAGCACAGCCAGUUCCAAAGUCCCCAGUGUCUGCUGCUGUUUUUUUAAACUCCCCUGAUGUACCUGAACAAGAAAGUCUCCUCAUCAUUUCCUUGUGUUUGGACAUCAAAGGGUUGACAAAUGCACUUAUUUUACAGGAAGUGAUUUUAAAAUUUAAACUGAAAACUACCUGGGAUCAUAGUGUUUCUCUGAUAUUAUAUAAUUAUGUAUAGUUAUUAUCCAGUGCUAGAAAAACCAUAACCUGCAAGAUACUUAGCAUUCAAAAGUAUUCUAUUUCCAAUUAUUAAUGACUCUGCUUUCUUUUGACUACUUGAUUUACAAAAUGAUCUGAUAUGACUACUCCACUGAAGAGCAAAGGUAACUCAUGUUUAAGUAAUUAACUGCUUGUGUUAAGUGGAAUCAUGGAUAGCAUUCAUUCAUUGCAAGACAGUGAAGGAUAUAAUUUACGGUAUAUUGAUUUUUAAGUGUUGCCUUAAAUAGGUGUAUAUGAGCAGUAGUAAUUGCUAUGUACUGAUUUACCUCAAAGUGCAAAAUAAUUAAACCUGUGCAUAUUCCAUUUACAAAAUAAAUUCAAACAACCCUGCACUUUCUUAGAUGCCUUGAUUUUUCAGAAUGGAGCUUAGUGCUACUGAAUACCCUGGCCACAGAGCCAUCUCAGGAUGUUCUUUUCUCCACCCUAUUUUAUUUAUUUAUAGAUGUCUGUUUACAAAGACUAUAAUAAAUUCUGAUGUUAACCAUCUGAAAUUUACCUUCAGUUGCUGUUUCGAUCUAAAAUAGCAGCUUUUGAGAAAAUGAGCUGAGUUCCUUACAAUAAAAGGAUAACUAUAUAUUUUUAAUAUUAGAUAUGCUGAUACAUACAACUUUCUAAAGCAUAUUUGUGUGUGUGUGUCUCUGUGUGUGUGUGUGUGUGUGUGUGUGUGUGUGUAGUUAGCAAUCUUAAAUCUCUUAUGUUGUUUAAAGCUGUGGCAUAUCUAUGUUCGGACUUGCCAAGUCUUUUGUAAAAUGUGUUGGAUAAAACUUUUAUGUGCUAAUGCAUGUAUUUAUAAAGGAGAUUUGUUUACCACUCAAAAUUAAUAAUUUUUGUUUUCUUCAUCCAAAAACAUUUCUGUUUUCCACAAACUCAAAGUUUCUGUGUGAGUAUACUAGUUGACUUUUUCCUUUCACAAAGGUGGGUUCAAAAUUCUGUAAAAAAAAAAAAAAAAGAAAAGAAAAAGAAAAGAAAAAAAGAAAGAAAAACCCAAAAAAACAAAAAAAACUGGUCUCUGAAACUGAGGUAUAAUACCAGAGUUUGCUAUUUAAAGGGUUUUUAUCAUGUACAUCAGUUCUGUAAAUGUGCUUGAUAGUUUAACAUGUGAAACAUCUGUUUCAGAGUGCUCAGAUUUUGGAUAUAUAAGCCAUCAAUAUAACAUUGCAGUUGAGACUGUUUAUUUUAAAUAACUUAAUGUUUUAACUUUAUUUAUGUAGAUUCACAUCAUUGUUACCAUAUACAGUACAAAUAUGUGAAACGUCUUUUCUUUUAUUCCAACAAUUAUUUAUUUUUAGAAAGUAAAUUUAAAGACUUUAAGGACAUUUAAGGUUUAAAAUAGUAUUCAGAUUUCAAAAUUUGGCAAUCUUAAUGUAGUCUCUUCUAACUUUUCAGAAAGUAAAGUGUCAGUUUUAGAAAACAUAGUUGAAAAAGGAAUCAUCUAAAGAUUUUUUAAAAAUUUGAUUACCACAUACUUAGAAUAAUUGUUAAGCCCCAUGUUUGUUUGUAAUCAUUUUUUUGCACAUUGAUUGGUUUUGUGCUGUGGCUUUUCUUAAUGUUGCUUUAUUAUUCAAGGUUUUUGUUUCUGUGGGGAGGGUCUUUCAAUGUUUACUAUGUUUAAAUAAACAGAAAUUGAAUUUUAUUGUUCAUUUACGUAAUCUUUGAUACCUUGGUGUAAUUUCACAGUAUCGAUAGAAUUUUUAUGACUUUUAUAAUUACAGUGAUACUUGCUUUUGUAAUAAAAUCCAAAGUAAAUUAAACGUUAAAUUGUAGAACUGAUAUUUUUCAUUUAUAUGAAGUCCCAGUCGUUAUCCAAGUCUAUAAUGUGAACCAUCCUGCCUUUCACAGUUGUUUCAUAAUUGUGAGAAGAAAACUAUUUUUUGUAGAUAUUAUUGAAGUUGAAAGAGCAAUAAAAGUCUACUUAAUAAGUU